UGAAAUCAACUACAGCCCCCAGCCCUUUCUUCAGAAGACUCCCGCGGGCCUGCAUGCCAGGUGAUGCUUGGCCCACAAACCUUUGCAACAGGAAGACAGAACUCAUCACCUAGGGACUCCUGUUCUACUCCUUCAAUACACGUAAUUACUGUCAGAAAGGUUUUCCCAUCCCAUGCUGAAUCAGUGCAUUGUCAUUCUGCUCACGGAUGCUAUUCAGCUCAUUGCACAGGCAUUUUUCUCCCUUGGAGUUGAUCUUCUUUCACCACACUAAGUUUUUGCUAGGAUUAUUAUUCCAUUUUUUUCCCAAGGGGAUUUAAAGCAAUGUUAUCAAGACUUUCCCCACCCCCACCCACUGUAUCUUUCACUAAGAACUCAUAUAAACCCCAUGGCUCUGACCUAGCUGUUAAUCUUUCUAGCUGUUUAAGUUCUUUGAAGUCAAUUUAUCCUGCUCAGAAGAUAGGUGGGCCAGAGUAUCACAAGCAUGCUGGGCUUCCUGUCAUGUGGUCCUUCAAUGAAGCUGUGCAUGGGCCUGGCAUGUGUCUUGUCCCUUUGGAACACAGUGUCUGGCAUCAAAGGAGAAGCCAAGAAAGAGAAGGGAAUGACCUUUUUACCUACAACAGUGUCUGGCCUUAGAGAAGAAGAGAGGAAGGAGAAGGGGGUGGCAUUUCUUGCUACGACGGAGCUGCCCGCAAGGUCAAUCGAUCUGUCCGCGCUUAACCUGACAGAGCUUGUGAAUGGGAUGCUCAGUAGAGCGUUAAAAGAUAGCAAGAAGUUCUUCUCCUUGCUGAGUGUCACUUCCUACAGUUCCUUCGCCUUCCACAAGUUUUCUGUAGCUGUUUACAACAUUUCUAACCUGAAGACAGUGGACCCCGCCAAAUUCCCCAUAAGGUAUUGCUACUGUUUAAACAAUCGGACCAAAGACUUAUCAGAUUUUACAGCUCUACUGGUAGAUAUCAUUGGCAAUUCUACCAGCUACCUCACAGAGAUUUUUAAGUCAACCUCCAUCCUCUCAGUGAAUCAAAGCAAUGAAUCAGAUUGCAUCUUCAUCUGUGUGAUGACAGGAAAGUCAGGAAGGAAUCUUUCUGACUUCUGGGAGAUAGAAGAAAAAUAUCCCAUUAUCAAUUACACAUUUACCAGCGGCUUGUCUGGUGUUCUGGGUGCAGCUACCAGGGGAACUGCCAGGACUUCAAAGCCCACAACCAAAAGCCAGAAAACACUACCAAGUACAAGCCCCGGACACUGGACCCAGAGCACACCCUGGGCAUCUGCUCUGAGAUCCUCUCCCUGGACAGAGACAGCUGCUCCUUCAGAAACAGAGGAGACCCUGAACACAGGCAGGCCUCCUGAGCUUCCAGCCAGGGCCACGGCCACAUGGGUCAGUGCCUCCCACACUCUCCCAGCCUUGGCUACCAGGAGGGUGGCCAGAACUCAGUGGGUGACAGCUGACAGACAUACGUGGGCUUCCAUAUCGUCCGUGCCCUGGGCUCAGACCAUCAGUGAGAAAAAACCUGGAGGGUCUCUCUGGGAAACUCGUUCUUCCCCACCGACUACUGCAGGGACCGAGGAAGCCAUGAACACUACAAGCCUUUUGGCGCCUGCUGCUGGGAUAAUGGCCACACCUGGCAGCCCAUCCCAGGCCAGCCCUACCUCGGGAGCAUUCACCCGUGGCACACAGACUCCGAGUCCAACCAAGGCAACAGCCCCCAGAUAUCCACAAACAGGUGAUCUCUCUGCAGAGUGGCCAUUCACUGCUGGUGAAGAGCCAGUCCUGGUCCCAAGACCCCAUCAAGUUUCAAGGUGUCCUCAGCCGCUCUUCAAGUUGGGAGCUAUGGCAGCUGCUCCUCUCACCCUGGCUAUUCAGAGGCUCAACCCAUGCCUGAUGGAGCUGUGCCAAUUCUUCCAGCAAUGCCUCUGCAUGAGCCAGAGGAGUCCCAGGACAGAGGACAUGAGAUACUGUCUUGAAUACUAUUCCUGGUUUCUGAGGAAUGCAACAUAUAUCUGUCAGAGGGUGAAAAGGGUGUCCCACUCGCACACCUUAAAGCAAAAAUGCCUUGAGAAUAUCUGCAAGUCUGUGUGAGGCCUUGAAAAUAACACUAGGGCAUUACAAUGACUUCAGGGGAUACGCCAUCCACCCUGGCUCUUGUCCCAAGUGGGCUACAUUUGAAGAAUUCACCCAGGCUCCAGCUAGAUCAUCAAUUAAUUUAAUGAUGGUUAUUCUUGGAAGUAGCAUUUUUUUUCCCUCUCCUGUGAAUCUGUGCAAAACAUUGAAGGUAGAAGUUUUCUUGUUAGAGACCUCACAAUUAAUACAGUAAUGCCAGACUCCUUGCCUGCUUCAAAGUCAUGGAAAUCUAGUGUUCAUGCUCAAGAAACUCCUACAAUGCUUGAGGCAAUCCUGACAAUUUAAAAACUGGGGAUGCGUGGGCACUCUAGCCUGCACAAACCAGUUCAGCCAUGGAGACUCUGACACAAUACCUGAGGUGACUUAAACUUGAGACUUUUGAAAGACAACAAAAGCAUAAAUUAAUAUUGAAUUCAUACUCUAGAGAGAUUCACAUAUACUGAUAGUUAACUAAAACAUGUACAACCAAUCAGACUUGCCAUGGUAUGGGAUCUGUAUAAUCUUCCAAGCCCCCUUAAGUGGGCGAUAAUGAAAACUUUAUCAUUAGGAGGAGGUUUAGAGAGUUGUUUUUAUUGACAUCUUGUUUUGAUUCCUCUUCUGUGUGACCCACUGGAUUCAGAGGUCCCCAUGAGUACCCUCAGGUUCAAUGAUUCAUGAGUAGAACUCAGAGGUAGGGAAAACUGUUAUAUGCACAUUUAGCAUUUAUUGCAACAAAAGGAUGCAGAUGAAAAGCAGCAAAUGUGAAAGGCACCUCUAGAGAGAGUCCAAGAGAGCCCAGGCACAAGCUUCCAGUGGGGUUGCACAGUCAGCAUCUAAUCCUCCCAGAAACAAUGUUUAACAAUACGUGGAGUAUUGUCAGCCAGGAAAGCUCAUCCAAGUUUUGGUGUCCAGGGGAUGUUUGGGGGUAUGGAGUAGGUAUGGAGUGCCUUCAUGGCCUGCAUGGCUAAACUUAGUUAUUCAGUCUCCAGUCCCUCUAGAGGUCAAGCUGAUACUGCAUGACCUAAGGCCCCACCAUAAAUCACAUUGUUAACAUAAACUAUCUGUCAUGGCACAAAGCCCCAGGUACAAGAGACACUCAUCAGGCAGGAUAUUCCAAGGAUUUACAGGGGAUUCCCCAGGAGCUGGUCAAGGACCAGAUGUUCCUCUGGAAGGUGCAGGAUUUGAGCUCAUCUGUGGAGUACAUCUGUGGAGUCAACUUUCUUCUGCACUCCCACAUACUGAUUUGCCACCUUCAUUGUAUCAGGUUCCUUUUUCACUAUGUUCAGGUUUGCGGUUGCUCCAGUAUCCCUAUCUAUGCUGAGUCUCCACGUAGAGCAUGUGUGCCCUCUCCAGUGGCUCUGCACGGACCCCUUAUUUCUCAUUACCAGGGACAGCUUUUCUCCUGAUGUGCCUGGUGCUCCUUCUCCACUCUCUUGCCUUAGGACUCUGCUGGGCCAUAAGUAUUUUUUUUACCCUUUUGUGAUCUAUGGCUGCCCUUGGGUGAGGAAAGUCACUUUCUGUUCAUCAUCUAAGUAGAAAACAGUUUCUGCCAUUGGAAGACCCCUGAGUUCCCUGGCACUCCUGUGAACCACAAGGUGCCUGGGGAGGUAGAACUUGGACAUUGGAGAGAGGAUCAGCCAGACAUUUCUCUUUCUAAUCAUAUGCAGAAAGAUUUCUUUUUAUUCUCCAGAACACUUGAAAGACUCUCCAAGUUAUGCAAAUGUCAAGCUCAUAAAUAUAUAUUGUCAUGACUUUUGCAAAGAUGAAGAGGAUACAGCAAAUUUUCUGGGAGGCAAAGGGACUUCUACCUGGAUAGGAACCAAGCAAACUCAUUAAGCAUGGGUUAAUUUGAUUCAACCCUUGCGUGGAUAUUAAUUAAGGACCUUUGACAGGAGAGGGUCCUCAAGGUUCCUCAAAGAGUAACUUAUCAUCAAGGAAGGUGAAGAAUGGAUGGAUGGCUUGGGCCCAAGACUGGGGCUAUUCACUUGUGGGGAAACCCAUGUGAACCCAGUUACCUCAUACUUUGGGAAUAAUGACUGAGCAUGACUAUAAUCUUUAAGAAGCUCAAAUGCGGAAUACCUCUGAGGCUUAUGCAAGGAUCUGGCCUAGCAUCAAGGACAAAGGCUCAGAGGACUCCUUGGGGCCAGUUUUCUAUAGUCAUACCAUCAGCCACAACAGCAGCAAAGGCAGAAGGAAAACAGGGCCCAGGAGUGGCUGACGACUGCCUGGAGUCCAACUGGUCUCCUGGAGUUCAUAAGAGGUUUGACCCCUUCUGAGCUGAAUGUGUCCUGAUUUAGGGGAUAGCUAGGGCAAUAAGAAAGCCUCAGGGGGUGCUACUGAUCUGGAACUCCUACUAAUUAGUGUGUAUGUGGCCACCAGUGGUUAGCAGAUGAGGUGAAAGAGAUGGGACAGUGACUGUAUCUGUUCUGAUGAAGGAGAUUGUGCAGUUACAUGCGUAACGUCAUUAAACUUCAUUCUUCCAGGUAGCAAAGGUGCAAGCGCAUUUCUGUUUAUUUCAUUCAUGCCCAGAAGGCCAGCUAAGUUGUCAAGAGAAAGAAGGAGAGGGA